ACGGCAUCGAUGAUUACACUCUGCACACCGUGUUAGAGUGGUAGUUGAGAUUGGACAGUAGGAGUGCAGAGGAAUAGAAGAUACACAAGUGGCAAAAGCGGCUAGAUAGGGUAGGGGACAAAAAAAUAUUGACUUGACCGAGAGAGACAGAGCGCUGCACAUAUAUGUGCCCUGGAUCCUCUGUUCUCUUCACCAGAAUUCCAGAAACCAGCAGCGAGAUUCCAUUCACUGAUCGAUUGUACGGUUCAGCUCAACAAGACUCCAUUAGCCUUCAGGUCAAGCACAUCUGCCAAUAACUUGCUGUUUCUUCGUGUGCCCAUGGAUCAUCAGUACCCGCCCAUGUGCGCGAGCGCACCGCCGACCCCGGGCAACAUGGAGAUGGCCCUCGUCGGCGUCGCGGCGUACCCGCCGGGCCCGGCGCAGGUCCUGCCCGUGCGGCCGCAGCAGCUCGGCGGGGGCGCCCCGGCGGACGGGGACAGGAGCGGUUGGGCGGGGAACGACCCCAGCACGCUGCUCGUGGUCGCCACGCUGCUCACGGCGCUCGCCUACCUGCUCGGCACCAGCAUGCCCGGCGGCUACUGGCCGCAUGACACGCCGUCCAGGGACAGAAGGGCGGUGUACCGCGCCGGCGACCCCGUCAUGCGCGACCUGCACCGGCCGAGAUACUGGGUGUUCAGGGCGGCGACCUGGGCGGGGGUCGCGAGCUCCAUGGUGAUGACACUGAGCCUGCUGGUGCGGAUGCCCGUGGGCUCGCGGCACGUCGUGUGGUCGUUCUCCGUGGCCUACUCCAGUCUCGUGCUCACCUUCAUCGUGUCGCAGUCCAGGACGCACCUGUCGCUGGACAUCCUCAUCUGGGUGGCGGUCCUCGCCCUCAUCUGGCUUGUCGUCAGCCUCCACCCGGAGCGCCGGGCGCGCGUCAUCCGGGCGAUCUUCUGCUGCAACCGCGAAAACUGAAAGAAACCUCUUGCCUGUUUUUUUAUGUAUCUGAGUUUUUGUUUGCGGUUCGUCCCUAGGUCAGCUCAUGGACUGAGUGUGAAACUAGUUGCUUCCGUAUCGGUAAUGCUACGUUUGAUUGGCUUUUCUCAGGCAGUGAACCAAUGUAAACUUGAAUCCGUUUAAUAUCCAUACAAAUUGUGGCUAA